AGGGGUUGCUGGGUGAGAGGGAGCUCUCGUGAAAGUGCAGGAGUGCAAGAGUGCAAGAGAAACAACGAAGGCUCGGGAAGCGGCUACGUCAUCGGGUCUCCAGACCACGUGAUGGGCCACGAGUCCGUCUCACGUGAAUGAUUGGCCAGAUGGUUUUGGGAGGUAUAGCCUCGGCUUGUCCCAUUCUCCACAGCACAUCCAUCUCUGCCGACUGCCGAUUCCUCCUAAGUAGAAGCGAGGCCGCCCCAGGAGAUCGAUCAUCAGUCAAUCCACAGUCGACAUCAUGGCCCCGCGUGAGAUAUACAACGUGGUGAAGCUGGUGCCCAAGCCAGGGAAAUUCAACGAAGUUGUAGCAGCCUUCAAUGCAUUCUCGCAACACAUCCGGGAUCACGAGCACGGGACGCAUGUCUAUCUUGCUCUCCGUCCCACCGACAAAGAUGAACUGAUUCUGGUUGAAAAAUACGCGGAUGGUGAUAGUCUCAAGGCCCAUAUGGCGACAUCACAGUUCAAGCAAUUCUCGCGCGCAGUGGGACCCUGUCUGGCACAGGCCCCGGAGAUCAGGAGUGCUAGCUUUGUUGGUGGACUCGAAGGUAGAUCGAAGCUUUAGGGUCGGUCCAAGUAUAUUGAGGCUCCCGUCGUAUAUAGAGAGGUUUAGUGAAGAUGAAAAUGUUUGCCUUAUUCACCUCCUAAAUUUUUUUAUUACUCCAACACCCUCUAACCCUGAUUCAAUGGAAAUGUCCUGUCAAUGUCAGUGGAGUC